AUGUUUCGACCAUUAUCUCGAUCGCGCAAGCAUCAAGUCGUUAUGUGUUACGCCCCAUACCGCUUCUAUCUCCAGAAGCAGGUCGAAGAGGCACAGAUUGUUGUAGACAAAACCAUGCAAGAACUCAAAGAAAUCAGAAGCGAACUUGCAAGUCGCCGACUUGAAGUCUCCGGAACAGUGCGAAUGUAUCGCAACAGGCAGAUCAGCAGGCUGAUUACCAAAGAGAAAUCACUGCGUCGUUGUUUAUACCUUAAGCAGAUCGACCAAUCCGAGAAGCAGGCAAAAUUGCGUUUUUAUGACCAAUCCCAGGCCAUCAAGCCAAAACUUGACACGAUCAAAAAGGAAGUGAUGGAUCUGGAGUCUGCCAUCAAAUUUCACAAGAAGGCGCUGAAGAAGGCCAAGAAGGCAGAGGACAAGGAUGCACACAAUUUGAAGAUCGCCGACCUCGAACAGGAGUACAAAAAGAUGUGCAGGGAGGAGCGCAAAUUGAGUGCAGAGCACUUCAAACUGGAAAGGGCACUGGGAUUGCGUUAA